AUGGACAGGGGGAGAUACCAGAGAUUAGUUGGGAAGCUUAUAUACUUAUCCCACUUGCGCCCAGACAUUGCUAUUGCAGUACGUAUAAUUAGCCAGUUUAUGCAUGCUCCUAAAACUACUUACUUAGAGGCAGUUAUGAGGAUUUUGAGAUACCUAAAAUCUUCUCCUGGAAAGGGUCUCUAUUUCUCAAAACAUGGUCAUCUUAGUGUGGAGGCUUUUAUUGAUGCAGAUUGGGUUGGAUCAGUCACUGAUAGACGAUCAACUUUUGGGUAUCUCACAUUUGUUGGAGGUAACCUGGUCACUUGGCGUAGUAAGAAACAAAAUGUGGUUACUAGAUCUAGUGCCGAUGUAGAAUUCAGGGCUAUGGUUUAG